CCUUGUCUUUAACCCAAAGUAAUCACGACCUUUUUCAAAUCUGUUCGAACUAGAGACCACCAAUAACACAACGCUCAUCACCAUCAGUAUCCAACUCUUCAGACUCUUCACGCGAUUGAGUUCCAAUGGGUAAGAUAAGCGGUGAAGAAGGAUGGAUAUCUUUAGGGCCAUGGGGAGCCAAAGAUGGUGUAGAUUGGACUUACAAGCCCGACGGGCCUAUACUCCAGAUAACUAUUGCUUAUGGAAUUGUUAUCGAAUCAAUUAAAUUUGAAAGCAAAAGCUGCGAUGGUGUUACUAUGGGAAGAUCCGUAGAAAUUGGCGAGUAUCUGGAUCCAUCUAGGACUAAGACUAAAACGUUCUGUAUCGACAAUUCAGUAGAGCAACUCUCAUCCAUAAGCCUGACAUAUGAAUACUUCCCUGAGGCCUACUUCAAUGACCACUGUGGAAGAGACCGGAUCGUAUGUCUCUGUUUUGAUACAAAUCUGAAGAAAUAUGGGCCCUUUGGUUCGGGAUCGCGUGAUCCUUCUGUGUCCAUUCCAAUCGAAGAUGGUGUCAUUGCUGGAUUCCAUGGACGAAGUGAGGAUGGGUAUGAUGGAAUCAUUAAUGCAAUUGGUAUAUUUGUGGCACCCAAAGCCAAUAGUUUGCCAAGUUCAGAAAUAAUAGUUGAUAGUUUGCACCUAGUUCAAGACCCAGAUUCUACGCCAACCCAGCUCAAGGACAAGAUUAGCGAUGAAGAAGGAUUGAUAUCUUUAGGGCCAUGGGGAGGGAAAGAUGGUGUAGAUUGGACUUACAAGCUCGACGGGCCUAUAAUGCAGAUAAACAUUUGCUAUGGAGAAGCUAUCAAUUCAAUUUUAUUCCGAAGUAGAAGCUGCGAUGGCUUUGUUAUCAGAAGCUCUGAGAAAAUUGGCGGUCCUGGUGGCGAUACGACUAAAAUUGAAACGUUCUGCAUCGACACUUCAGUUGAGCAACUCUCAUCCAUAACCCUGGAGUACAAAGAUUACUAUGGACAACUGGUAAUCACAUCUCUCUAUUUUGAAACAAAUAUUGGGAAAAAACUUGGGCCUUUCGGUUCAGGAUCGGGUGCUUCUUCUGUGUCCAUUCCAAUAAAAGGUGGACUCAUCGCUGGAUUUUUUGGACGUGGUGUAACUGGAACCUAUCUUACUGCCAUUGGUAUAUAUGUAGCAACCAAAGUCAAUUAUUUGUCUAGUUCAGAGAAAAAAUUCGAUCGUUACGAGGUCUGCGAGCCUGCAUUUUCGUUCGCCCCUGUUUAUGCUAUGGAUGCUCGAGCAAGGCCUUUUCAGGAGAUUUUGGAGUUGAUGGCCCAGCAGCUAGAGUGCAGUGUGGAAUUUUGGUUCCUUGUAAUGCCCUGGAUUACGUAUAUGAUCUUGCGAUUUCCAUUUGGGAAGAGUUUUGGCGAAGCUCAAAGUCUUUACUUGAGUCUUAUAGCUUUUCUGGCUAAUUGUGUGCAUUGGGGGUUCCUACUUUCCGGAAGCGUAUUGGGGUUUAUUUCGCUUGUAGCCAUUUCGUUGAGGGAACAUUUAAGUGAUUUACAAGAAAUUGGAUGGCAGAAUGCCGACAGAGAAGAUGGAGAUAGAAAUGGUGCUCGUGCUGCUAGAAGACCUCCUGGACAUGCUAAUAGGAAUUUGGCGGGUGAAGCAAAUGGGGAAGAUGGUGAUGGGGCACAAGGAGUUGCCGGAGCUGGGCAAAUAAUCAGAACGAAUGCAGAAAAUGUUGUUGCUUGGCUGGAAAUGCAGUCAGCUCGUCUUGAGGCUCAAGUCAAACAAAUGUUAGAUGGUUUGGAUGAUGCUGACGGUGCAACUUACACACUCAUUGACAAGCUUAGCUAUAAAGAAGGAUCGAUGUCUUUAGAGCCAUCGGGAGGCAAAGACGGUGUAGAUUGGGAUUACAAGGCUAACAGACCCAACGGUGAAGAACGAUGGAAGUCUUUAGGGCCAUGGGGAGGGAAAGAUGGUGGAGAAUGGACUUACAUGGCCAACGGGCCCAUAAUGCAAAUAAGUAUUUGUCAUGGAGAAGAAGCUAUCAAUUCAAUCUUAUUCCGAAGUGAGAGCUGUGAUGGAAUCGACAUAGGAAGCUCCGAGAAAUUUAGCGACCGUAUGAUUGAAACGUUUUGCAUCGACGCUUCAGAAGAGCAACUCACGUCCAUAAACCUGACAUACGAUAACUUCCAUGGAAAAGUGACAAUCACAACUCUGUGUUUCAACACAAAUCUGAAUAAAUAUGGGCCUUUUGGUUUGAGAUCAGAUCAUUAUUCUGAGUCCAUUCCAAUAGAAGCUGGAGUCUUCGGUGGAUUUCAUGGACGUGCUGAUGAUAGACACAUUACUGCAAUUGGUGUAUUUGUUGCACCCAAAGUCAACAGCUUGCAUUCAAUUCAAGACCCAGAAUUAGCACCAAACCAGGUCAAGGUGUUAGGUUCAGGUGUGGGUUCCAAACCCAAAACGCUUGGGACUCCAACCGUCAAAUCUAAGCGGUCAUUACGAUUUUUGGUACCAAAAUUCAAGGCCGAUUUUUGUGGUUCCAAACCGAAAACUCUUGAGAACGUCACGAUCCACAACGCUGCUUCAAGCAGUGCAACCACCAACAAAGAUGACCCCCACGGUGGAGCUCCUUCCCCCUCUUCUGAAAUGAUCCCUUUGGCCACCAACAUAGACGGCCACCAUGGUGGAGCUCUUUCCCCCACUUCAAAAAUGAUCCAUAGUGAUCUCAUCCGUCUGGAUAUGGCGGUGGAGUCCAUGCACCAUAUGAAUGAGAAAAUCAACCAAGCCCAUAAGAAAUUCAAGGAGUUACAAAUAUUACGGAGUAGUGAGAGAGACCCUGACAAACUACGAAAGGCCGACUCUGACAAAAAAGAACUACGAAAGGCCAUCACGGAGUUGAAAGUCCAGAUCCGUUCGCAUAAUAAAAUCCGUUCUACCAAUUCCAACCCACAUCAUCAGAACUGGGAUAAUAUAAACGAGGCAGAGGAUGGAAUGACACACUUCUUCCACAGGGAGCCAGAGGUUGCAGACACUGGUGAGAGUAAUAGCCUAUUGAAAGAUUUCCACGACCUUCCCGAGCCAUUGCGUUGUUGUUUGUCAUGUUUCUUCAAGUUCCCACCAAUGGCAGUCAUAAAGAGAACACCCAUGAUUUACCUGUGGAUAGGGCAGGGAUAUAUUUCCAAGUAUCUCCAUUCUGAAGGGUACAUUUGGGAUGUUGAAGUGCAUGCUGGCAAGAUAUUUGAUAAGCUUAUUACAAUGGGCUUCAUCGAGCCUAUCUACCAAAAUUGCUCCUUGGUGCCAGACAGUUGCACGAUGAGCCUUUCUGUUCGUUCUUCUAUAUACAAAGAAGCUAAAGGUAUGGGAUUUACUUCAAAAGGCAAUUUUGAUUUGGAUGAUGCAUCUAUUUGUGGCGAUCUAAUUAGGCACUCAUGUCUAGUCAAUGUUGGUGAGGCCAUUAUUAAGUGCAAGUCUGAAACAUUUGAGAAUAUGAAGCAUAUUCAAAGUCUUUAUCUCGGCAGGUGGCAGAGCUCAGCUACGCACCACAUUGAACUAGAGAACGCCAAAAUUCUCCACGGACUGAAUAAGCUGAAUGGCUUAACUUUUCUUAGCCUUCGAGGAAUUUCUAUGAUUACAGAGCUUCCCACAUUCAUUUCAGAGCUCCAUAAUUUGAUGAUAUUGGAUCUCCGAGCUUGUCAUAAUCUUGAGGUGGUUCCCAACAACAUUGGUUUGCUCAAGAGUUUGACACAUUUGGACCUGUCUGAGUGUUACUGUUUGGAACAUAUGCCGAAGAGUCUUUCUCAACUAUCAAACCUCCAAGUACUUAAGGGAUUCUUGAUUGGAGAUUUCAAUAACAACGGAUCAUGCAGUCUGCUUGAUUUGUUAGGACAACAGAAGUUGAGAAAACUUAACAUCCACAUAAUUGUUAAAGAUCUUCUCAGGCUGCAGGACUUGGAGUAUUUAGAAAGGUUUGAAGGCCUAAAAAAGUUGAAAAUAUCAUGGGGAAGAUUACAAGCUCGAGCUGAAGUCAUUGCAAAAGCAUUUCCCUUUGCUAGGCUUCCUCCGAGACUACAAAAACUAGACCUUCAGUGUUUCCCUAUGACGAGUACUACCAAUUGGCUAAUGCCUGGCAAACUUAAGGAACUAAAGAAACUCUACAUUAGAGGAGGUCAACUACGUGAUCUAGGAGAAAUUCAGAGACGCCAAGUGGAGCAGUGGACUGUGGAGAUAUUACAUUUGGAGUACUUGAGCGAAUUAGAGUUGUAUUGGAAAGAACUGAGGACAGUAUUUCCCAAGUUAAUUUACUUGCACCAAGUAGGAUGCCCCAAGUUUAUAAACUUCCCGUGUGGUGUGUGGAUAAACGAAAUGGCCAUUAAUACUCACGUGCAGCUGCAGAAAUACUACCAGAGAACCAGUGAGCCUGAUCAGCUCAAGUUCGAUGAGGGGCAAUUUUGUGUAAGUGCCUAGCUAAGAGAUAAGAUCAGUUAAGGGAAAGUUAAAUCAUGGCUUUAACUUACUCCUACAGGAGCCUCCUUAAGCAAAGUAGGUUCUUCCACGGCUUCUUUAUCUUGUAUUUUCUUUCUUGUUCUUCCUCUCUAUAACUUAGAUUUUUCACCAAUAAACAAUUGUUAAAUCAUCAAAGAGAAUGGGUGACAAUGGAUCACCCUGCCUCAGGUCUCUGUGUGACUUAAAACUCUGAAGAAGGUGAGACAUUAACUAGAACUUGAAAUGAUGCAGAAGAGAUACUCAUACACCCAAUCACACCGCUCAGACUUCAAGGCUUAUGCAGAAGAGAUAGACUUUUUCGUUUGGUUGUUUUCAAGGCGCUUUUGACAUCGAAAUUUAUCCACGUUCUUAUAUUUAACACUAGAUCUCUUGGUAUAAAAACAACGGGCGCAUGUCCGCAUAAUAUUUUCCA